AUGAACGUUGACGAAGUUGCACCUGCUGCUUUUACAGCAUAUCGUCAAGCGAACGACAAUGUUGAAGAAGGGGAUAAAGCUGGGAGUGGUCAGCAAAAGUUGUCAUUUUUGGAGAUCAGACCACCUCAUUUGCCACAAAAGACUUCUGCUGAGCAAACAUCAGGAUCCACUCGGCGAUCCAAGAAGGGUGGAAAGAAGAAUGGCCAUAAUCUGAGAGAGGAUCAGAUUAACCAAAUUAUGAUGCAUGUGUCAAGAGCCGAGCCCUAUAGAUCCAUUGCCAAGGAUUUCCAGAUCUCGAUCGGUGCCAUAUCGUACCUCGCCAAAAAGCAUAAAUCUGGAAGAGGCAUCAUCCCCAUGCCAAAGGGAGGAUCGGACCCAAUGAUCACAGAAGACGGUGAUAAUCUUAUUCGCCAAUGUGUGAGGGAUAACAACACGACCACACUGAGACAAAUUCAGGAUAGCUACCAAAGGCAGAUCGGUGUUUUGCUAUCGAUCUCUACCAUCCAAAGGCACCUUGAUCGUAUUGGUAUCACAUUGAAGCGUGCUAGUAGAUAUCCUGAAAAGCGUAAUUAUGACGAGAUCAAAGAUGAACGUCAAGCAUACGUCAAACGCCUUGUUGAUAAAGAAGGUGUUGAAGACGAAUACAGGGCGUUUAGCUAUAUGCAUAAUUGCGUCUUCAUUGACGAGGCUGCUUUCAACAGCAGCAUAAGACGUAAUUAUGCCUGGUCUCGAGCUGGAACACCGGCGCAUGUGCAGGUACCCAAAAGCCGUGCAGUCUCAGUCUCCCUUUUGGCAGCUAUCACUAGCUCUGGAUUGGUUGAAGCUGCCAUGAAAGUCCACCCUGAUGCUCGUCAAAAGGGUGAUAAAAAAGGCAAAACCAAGGCUAAGCCGAAGAAGAAGUCCAGCAAAAAGAAUGAUGAUGAUGAUGAUUAUGAAGAAGUGGAAAAUGUUGCAAAGGAGAAGUUCAACAAGAACACGACUGGUGCUGAUUUCUUGGCUUUCCUUGAGAAGGUGAUGGAUGCUUUAGAUGAAGAGGGUCGACAUGGGUGGUAUCUAGUUUUCGACAAUGCUGCCAUCCAUAAGCCCGCUUACAUCAAUGACGCAGUCGAGAGCCGUGGUUUCCAUGUAGUACCACUUCCUCGUUAUUCACCAUUCCUUAAUCCCAUUGAGGAAUUCUUUUCAAAGGUGAAAACGAAAUUUCGAAACGAAUAUGAUGGUAAUAGCAUGGAGCAAGACAUGGCAGACCGUUUGUCAGAGGCGAUGUCUUACUGCAUCCAAUCUGACUAUGAGGGUUGGGUGAAACAUGCAACUACGUUUUUCCCUCCUUGUCGAGACCGGCAAAACAUCGCUCCCUUUGAUGACGACUUGAGCGUCGCUCCCUUUGAUGACGACUUGUGA